AUGACGGAGCAAGGGUGUGUUAUAGAGAUCGAUAGUGAUCCAGAGCUAGAUGCUCAAAUCAGGGAAGAAUAUGCACCAAGGCGAUUGAUUCCAGAUCGCAGAAGGAAUAGACCCAGAGACCAUUUGUCAAGAUUUGUUUCCAACGCAGAGGAUAGAAAUGUGGCUCCUAUCGCUCCUGCUACAGAUUUGCCAGUGUCAACAGAUGGUGAAGAUUUGGAGAUAACUGCAGAGGUUUCCUUGCGACCUGAUGGGCCAAUAAAUGAUGAUGCAGAGUACAUCAAUCUGGACAACUACAGGGCUUCCAACAAUGGUACUGUGGUUGUGGAUCAUAGAGAAGGGGAUGAUGAUUUAAUGCUUGUAGAAGAGCGUAUCCAGGAAUCUGGUAGACCCGUACUUUUGCAACUCCCGGCAGGUCAAACGUUACAGGUCGAUGCUUCCUGGAAUGAACUUCCGGUGGGCAGGUCGUUCCAGAAUCAGGUAUACAGGAAUCCAAACCAACUGCGAAGACUACGGCGACAUAUUGAUCAUGCUACUGCUAUGUUUAUGGGUGGCUACAACCAGUCAGGCACUGGUGAUAGUGAUUUCAGCGAUAACGAUGCGGAUUACAUUCCUCCGGAUAUCGUUAACGAAAGAAAUCAGUAUACAAUGCAAACGCGAAUGAGAGAACAAAGGGAAAGACAGAACCAAAUGCAAAGGCUACAGAGAGCUGCUGAUGAGACGAUCGAUUCCUUGGAUCCAGAUCUUAGGAGUUUGUUCUUUGAAUCUCAGUCAUUGUCUCAAUUUAGGGAAGGACUUGCUAGGUUCAAUUUCCCACCAGCGAGGCUUGAACAAUUGCUUGGCCAGUACAGAGAUUUUAGAGCCCGGGCCAUGCAAAGUUGGGCUGAGGGAAGGCGUACUAGAAGCAUGAGUUACCAAAAUAGAAAUAGCCUAAGGCCACAAAGAACAAGAAGCGGUACUCAACAAAAUCAUUCUCGUGGAUCAAACGGAGAUUCAAGAGACAACGCCCUUUAUCAACAGAUGUUAUUUGGAAUGCCAGAUGAUGAUGAAAAUAUGGACGGCAAUAAUUUCACAGGUACAACGCAGUCUUUACAACGUAUUAUAUCAAACACAAUGAAUAGAAGGUUUGGCAAUCUACCAUUUGGUGUGGGUCCCGAGUUUGGAUUCUAUGAAGAUGGAGAUGAUGCGGCAAACACAGAAUUGAUUAUACGUAUGAUUCAAGAAAGAGAGGAAAGAGAUGCCAGUACAAGAACUAAGAAGUUGAAUGAAGUCACUAAAUCUCAGCAACAGAAAUACAUCGACAAAGCGAACUCUUUGCCUGAAGGAUAUUCUGCGUCAUUCAACACUGCACCAUUGAUGUCGAUGACUAUGGAGAAUGAAGGCAGAGAGGAGACGGUGAUGGUAACAGAUGACGUGGCCGCGAAAACAUACAUCGAUGUUCCUGUCUGUGUCCUAUGUGGUGUGGAACUGGGAGUUGGAAUUCCGGAUGAUUGGAAAGGUGUUAGUGAAGAAGAUAAAGGCGUUUCAUUUGAAGCCCUUCAGUCACACUAUAAAUUUCACUGUCCGUAUCAAACUCUUGCAAGACCUACGCUAGUUGAUAGAGAUUUAUCUCGCAGAACGUACGUGAGUUCAUGUGGACACACUUUCUGUGGCCGGUGUCAAGUAAGAAUUAAGAACGCAAGAGAUAUUUCGGCAAAGGAAAAAAACAAGUUAAAGAACUCUCAAGGACCUUCGCAUCCGGAUAAUUAUGGUCCUAAGAAAUGUCCUGCCGAAGGUUGUAACAGUAAUUUAAGAAAAAAAGGUAUCAUGAGAGAGGUGUACUUCUGA